ACACACCUGCAAGCAGCUCCCAUUGAGCGCCACGGCGUCGCAUAUUCCCCGCUCACCUACACACAGUCGCACCUCUGCUGCCGUGGCCCUCAUGUGGCCCCUCCCUUACCGGACUGGACUGAUAAAUGGUUUAAAUCUGUCACCAGGAGUUGCCGAGAUAAAUGCACCGGGAGCGUCGGAAAAUCCCUGCCCAUCCCUCCGCUGUUUUACCGAUCUGCGCUCAAAUCUAUCAACAGCCAUCAUCCAGCGUUGAUUCGAUAGAGUAGAUUACAUUUAAAUCGUGAUUCAUCUUUUUGUAAGAGGUGACUGGCAACAGCAGCAGCACGCAGCUCCGGUUGUUAGACCCAGACCCGUGGGCGGCUGGGUGGCGUCCGUCUGGGCGAGCUGAUAGGACGAAGAUUUGGCACUACCUACCAACUGCUUCAUCCCAAAUUCUCAAGAUAUGGCAAUAAGAAGUGAGAUGUAGAAAACUGAUGGGAGUGGGUCUGGGCUUCAGCUAAAACGGACAAAAUCUCCCAGCAGCACCACCAUCAUCCUCCUCCUCCUCCUCGUCUAACCAGUGGAUGUUUGUUUUUGAAUAACUAUCUAAAAAGUGUGGAGCACAUGAGACACUGGUGAGUCCCCGAGGCAGGUCCCACACACAGACUGAAUGAGUCCAUCUUUGGCUGUCGGACGGACUCCUCAAGAGCACAGGACGGAUGCAAACAGACUAAACACAUCUUUGAAAUUCAAAACACCUUCAACAUCUCCGCCGACGGUGUUCUAACCGAGCGGGGUGAACCUGACACCAGGGAACCAGUCGUUUCACAGGCAGGGAGAAGAUGCCAUUCCACCAUGUGCGGGCGGGCCUGCUCUAUCCAGACAACUACCUGAGCAGCUCCCUGACGGAGGGCAGCGAAGCCUUCCAGCUCAACAGCAUCUCCACAGAGGAGCUGGGAGAGAUCCGUGAGGCGUUUCGUGUUUUGGAUCGUGAUGGGAAUGGUUUCAUCUCCAAACAAGAGCUGGGCAUGGCCAUGCGCUCCCUGGGUUACAUGCCCAGCGAAGUGGAGCUGGCCAUCAUCAUGCAGAGACUGGACAUGGAUGGGGACGGCCAGGUGGACUUUGAGGAGUUCAUGACGAUACUGGGGCCCAAACUGCUGUCAUCUGACAACAGAGAAGGAUUCCUGGGCAACACCAUUGACAACAUCUUCUGGCAGUUUGACAUGCAGCAGAUGUCUCUGGAUGAGCUGAAGCAGGUGCUGUUCCACGCCUUCCGGGACCACCUGACAAUGAAGGACAUAGAGAACAUCAUCAUCACCGAGGAGGAGAGCCUCAAUGAAAACUACUGCCCUGAGUAUGAGGGAGUCCAUCCUAAGAAGAAGAAUCGACAGACGUGUGUCAGGAAAAGCCUGAUCUGCGCCUUCGCUAUGGCAUUCAUCAUCAGUGUCAUGCUCAUCGCGGCCAAUCAGAUGCUGCGGAACGGCAUGGAGUAACCAAUUGCACUGUGAGCAUGGGGAGUGGACAGAACAGCCAUGACCUCACAUCGUGUCUUUGCAGCCAAAGCAGGACCAGCCACAACCCGAGCACUUCUCUAAACAGUCAGUUGAGUUUUUUUAAGUUUAAUUUGAACUUACCUUAUAGAAGCAGACAACGUGGGUGAAAUGAAGAGAAGUGAAGGUUUAUUUGUUUUGCAUUGAAGAUGUCAUCAUGUAGAGUUACUGGACUCACUGGUCACAAGGAACCUGAACUGGAAAAUAAUUCUGUUUGUAUAAAAACUGUGAGAAUAAAUUGAGGGUAUUAUUUUGACCGCCCUUUAAACUUGAUUUUCUAAUUACAAAAAUGUUUAUAAGGUGCUUUGAGUCAUUCCUAAUUUGGAAAUCAAACAGUGGUUAUUAUGGACAACUGCAUAUUUACCCUAGAGAAGUAGCGUUAAAUGUGAGUGAAUGUGGGCGCUGAAUGUUGGGCACAGUAUUUAGAUGCAUAGUAAAUCCCUCACAUCUCAUAUAGUGAUGUUUUAACAUCACUCCUUCUGUGAAACAUCGACAUACUCGACUCAGUCCACUAAUCUUGGGGCACAUGAAGUCUUUAUGUGUAUCUGCAAGGAGCACAACUCAAUACUCAGUGAGGAACCAGUUAAGAAUCAUCACUGUCCGCCUGUCUUAAGUCUUGGCAUUGAUUGAUUGAUUGAUUGAGUGAUUGAUUGAAUGAUCCCUUGACAUUUGUGUGGGUGUGUAAGGCAGUACAUAAUGUCAGCUCAGGCUGUCUGAGAGGUUAAAAUUGUAUGAAGGCGGAGCUAUGGUUUUGGUUAUUAGUAAGACCAGAUAUAGAUAUAUUUCACCUCAGCAUCUCAUUGUAAUACUGCCCAACUGUGGUAAAAUAGGCCGCACAAAAAGCAUGCCAGUAUAUAUACUGCCAUAUCAAACAAUACUCUAACUCCCAUGGAUUUCACUGUAUGUACUACAUAAAGUAGUAGCCUACUGUUUGUGUGUAAAGUAUUUUUUUUCUCAAGCAGAGUGUAUGAAGGGUAGAAACUAGUGAGAUAAUUCAGGGAUAUACAGUAGAGCUUUGACAUGCUGUGCGAGCAGCUGUUUUCUUAGAAAAGGUUGCAGUCUAGUGGUUAAAAUGAGAUCUGCAUCCAAACGCUUCAACAGCCACGUUUACAAGGUGUUCAGAAGGGAGGAACAACGCCACUGAAUUUGAGCUUUUGACAUGUGCUGCGUCAGUGUCACUGGAGCAGUUUGGUCUGUGUAGGUGAACAUUCACUAUUUUUAAUGGCAAAUCUACAAAUAGUUUCCCCCACAACCCAAAUUGUGUCAUCGUACCAGUGUGCAGCUCAGGAUUGGAUGAGAGAGUAGAAGUGACCGCUGCAGUAGCUGUGGUAGUUUCUGGCGUCAUAGCUACGUAUGUGUUAUGGUUUAGACCUGAUAGCACUACAAUUUUAUAAACCAUACUGUGGUGAAAAUGUUUGGAAAAGACCUUGUAGGAGUUUACAAUCAUGUUCCUCUUCUUUUAUUAUGGAUAAUAAUAACACCCUUUCCCAAUGUUGAACAUCCUAAUGACACCUGGGAGACAGAGAAACAUCGUUGUUUAUCUAUGUUGGAAUAGUAUUGUAAUUAUAUGUUCAUAUUCUGGUAUUGUUUUCCAAACAUUUCUUGUCAUUCAAAGCUAAGAUUACGAUUAAGUUUUUAUGAAACACAUUUAAAGAGUCAGUGGAACACCGUUCAUUACGGUGAGCAUCAGUUCUAUGAUCUUAUAUGUGAUUAUUUUGCGAUAUUAAUAGAUAUGGUAAACAUAUUUUCACUAAUGUUGUGACAAUUCAUUUGACCACAUCACCCGGCCCUAUGUUGAUGCCAUCUUUGAAAUACACUGUUCGUUCAUACGGAUUGCAACAUUAUGUGUCAUAACAGCGACAUAUGUGGAUUCCUAAAUUGCACGGUGCUCCCGUUGGACCUGAUUGGAUCAGAGACUGGUUUGGACUUAUUACUACCUUUGAAGCCAUUAUUUGUUCUGAUGAAAACCAGACGAGAUAUUUCAAUCACACUAAUGUGCAGCCAUGUGAGUUUAUACGCUGUCCGGGUAAGACGAAAUAUAAAGGGGAGAGGGCUUUCUCUUGAAAUAAAAAAUAGCUUUGUAAGAUCAAGUAUCACAGCAAAAAUGUAUUAUACUGUAAAUCAGUAUGCAUGUUGUUGUUUCGAUUUUCACGUCUUUGAAAGACAGGGAAAUCCAUUUAAUCUUUCUUUGUGGUGGCACUGCCUUGGUUUAAAUGUAAGUAUGUACUACUCCCACAUAUUUGACUUUCCAGUUUAUACUGUAACAGCCAUUUUUUUUUCUAAUUUCUACCAGCUACUAAUCAAAUCAGAGUGCAGGAGAGGGCAUUUCCAUAAAUAUGCAAAUACAAGGUCACAUCAUUAUCGACAUCGUCUAUGUUUCACGUCUUCUAGGUUAGAGUCUGUAGGCCUCACUGUGGUUGGUUAAAACUGACAUUGGAUACAAUAUAUUGUGUGUUUUAGUCACAUUAGGUUUUUAUUGAAUGUUUUCACUGCCUCAUAGUCCUGUAUAAACUGUUGUAUAAUGUUUGCUUCACUAAUCUUUGUGAGUCAGUUUAUGUCUUUGAUAUUCUCAGCACAUUGGCAUUUGACCAGUGGACCAUGUUUUCACCUUUGUCUAUUAACUUCAUGGUCCUUUUGAAACCAGCAUAGACCACUUUAUCUUUACAAUUCUCUAAUAAUUGUGCCAUUCAGACAUCCUUGCAUGACUAUGUAAGGGAACUUAUUUGAAAGACCUUUUAUCAACACUUUUGAAGUUUACAUUAUGAUACUGUACAUCUGUAACAGGACGGAAUCAGUUCAUGAUUUUCAUGUUUUUGAAAGUUGCUUUGGAGAUUUUGUUUUUACCAAAACAUGUUUUUACCUUGUAGAUUGUAUGGAGAUAAAAUUAAACACAGAUAUGUAAUACAACCGUGGCAUGCUGCCUAGAAAAGGAGAAAGAAAACAGCAAUAGUCGCCAACCGAAUGGAUAUUUAAAAAUGCAAAUAACAAGUUUAAUCUGUUUAAUCUAAAAAAAAUAUAUCCAUAUAUGUUUAUGCAAUAAAACCUUGUUUUGAUAGAAA